UUUAAAAGAGUUACCGCAUAAUUUUUAGUUAGAAUAAAAUCCUAUUUCAUAGGACAAAUUUAGUCUUUAGUUAUAUUUUGCUUUCUUUAAUUUGUGCAACCACUUAGCAUUAUUAGCCUUUAUUUUAGCAUAGUUCGAUAGCUUUCGGUUAUUGUUUUCCAUCGUGUAUUCAAUAAUUAUUUAAGCCAUUGAUGCAACUAAUAAAAAUCGAGUCAUUCGGUCCAAUUGUUCAGUUCUUUCGUUUAGUUUCAUUAUUUAUAAAAGUUCUCAACAAUUUGGCAAAGAGCCCCCAUUGGGCCUGAUCUAUCAAAGCAAUAGUCUUUGAUAUUCUUGCAGCGGCUAAAACAAAAAAAAAAAAAGACGACAAAAGGGAGCUUUGUGCAACCUGCAAUUCCAUAUUUUGAUGGCCAUUAUGAUCAUUAGAGCAUGCUAAUGGAAAAUGUCCUCAUAUCAAAGGAAUACUGGGAGCUAAUCGAGCCUGGCUAUGUUGAGCCAGCAAGUGGAGUGGUACCGACAAAAGCACAACGAAAGAAGAACAAUGAGAUGAAGUUGAAGGAUCUCAAAACAAAGAACUAUCUCUUUCAGGUAAUUGACUGUGUUGUGCUCGACAACAUCCUUAAGAAGGAUACUUCUAAAGAUAUAUGGGAUGCUAUGAAGAAAAAGUUUGAAGGAAAUGCAAGGGUCAAAAGGUCUCAUCUUCAAGCUCUCCGUAGAGAAUAUGAAACUCUUGAGAUGAGAUCUAGUGAAGCUGUAACAAAAUACUUCUCUAGGGUCAUGACAGUGGCCAAUAAAAUGCAAAUAUAUGGGGAGGAUAUGUCAGACGUUAAAGUGGUUGAAAAGAUUUUACACUCUUUAACUAAGAAGUUUAACUAUAUUGUUUGUUCUAUUGAAGAGUCCAAGGAAAUCGACGCUUUCUCUAUUGAUGAAUUACAAAGCUUGUUAAUAGUGCAUGAACAAAAUUUCCAAAGGCGCAGUGGUGAAGAAAAAGCCUUGAAAGUUACACAUGAAGAGGGAAGAGGUUGUGGUCGAAUUGCUUACAGAGGAAGGGGAAGAGGUAGAGGUCGAACAGAUUUCAACAUGGAAACAAUAGAGUGUUACCAAUGUCAUCGAUUUGGACAUUUUCGUAUGAAUGUCCUCGCAACAGGGAAGCUAACUAUGCAGAAUUUGAUGAAGAAAUGAAAAUGUUUUUAUGUCUUAUGUGGAGUUGUAUGAAGCUAAAAGACAAGAUGAAUGGUUCCUUGAUUCUUGAUGUUCUAAUCAUAUGUGCGGUGAUCAAACUAUGUUCAAUGAACUUGAUGAAAAAUUCUGACAUUCUGUAAAAUCGGGAAACAACACUAAGAUGAAUGUGAUGGGAAAAGGAAAUGUGAAAUUGAUGAUAAAUGGAAUGAAUCUCGUUGUUACUGAAGUAUACUAUAUUCCAGAAUUGAAAAAUAAUCUCUUCAGUAUAGGGCGAUUGUAAGAAAAGGAUUUGGCAAUUUUGAUCGAGGGAGGAAGUUGCAAGAUAUUUCAUCUAGAGAAGGGUUUGAUUAUUCAAACCAACAUGAGUGCUAAUAGGAUGUUUAUCUUGUUGCCCCAAAUUCAAUCCUCUUCACAAGCACGGUCUAAUAAGUGCUUUCACGCUAAAGCUCAAGAAUUGUCGCAUCUCUAGCAUCGAAGGUAUGGACAUCUAAGUUACAAAGACUUGAAAACAUUGUUGUACAAGAACAUAGUUCGCGGACUUCCUCAACACUCUAUCUCCAUUGUGACAUGCGUUGACUGCAUCAACAGAAAGAAACACCGUGACUCUAUUCCAAGGAAGAGUAAUUAGAGAGCAACACUAAAGUUAGAACUCAUCCAUUCAGACAUUUGUGGUCAUAUCAUUCCCAUAUCUAAUAGCAACAAAAGGUACAUCUUAUUAUUCAUUGAUGAUUAUAGUAGAAAAGCAUGGGUGUAUUUUUUGGUAGAAAAAUCUAAGGCUUAAAACUAUUUCAAAUGCUUUAAAAUCAUGGUUGAGGAGGAGGUUGAGAUGUCUAUUAAUUGUUAACGCAGUGAUAAAGGAGGUGAAUUUAAUUUAAAUGAGUUCAACAAUUUUUGCAAACAAAGUGGAAUUAAGAGGCAAUUAACCACUACUUAUACUCCGCAACAGAACGGUGUCGCCGAGAGGAAAAACAUAAGUGUUAUGAACAUUGUUCGUUCCUUGCAAUCUGAUAAAAACAUUCCAAAAACCUUAUGGCCAGAGACUAUGAAUUUGACUGUUUAUGUUCUAAACAAGUGUCCUACUUUUGUUGUUAAGGAUGUAACACCAGAGGAGGCUUGGAGUGGAGUAAAACCCUCGGUUGAUCACUUUCAGGUAUUUAAGUGCAUAACACAUGCUCAUGUUCAAGAAUCAAGGAGGACUAAACUUGACAAUAGAAGUAUUACGUGUGUUUUGUUAGGAGUUAGUGAAGAAUCGAAAGGAUAUAAGUUGUUUGAUCCGGUUGCUAAAAAGGUUGUCAUGAGUAGAGAUAUUAUCUUUGAGGAGGAAAACAAAUGGGAUUGGAAUUAAAAAUAAACCGUACUUGAUUUAGAAUGGGAAGAAACUGCAAGUGAAAUGAGAAUGACCAAAAUAUUGACAGGGAGAUUGGUGAAACCCGUGACGAGGGAGUUGGAGAAAUCGGGGAUGAUUAUAGUGAUGGCGAAGAGAGAGUGAGGUGACCUCCUGCAUGGAUGGAUGAUUAUGUUAGUGGUUAAGGUUUGUCCGACGAGGAAGCCCACUUGGAUUUAAUGGUGUCAAGUGAUCCAUUAUGUUUCGAGGAGCCGUGAAGAGUAAAAAUUGGAAAUUGGCCAUGGAUAAAGAGAUCAAAUCCAUCGAAAAAAACCUUACAUGGACACUCAUUGAACCACCUGCUAGGGUCAAAAUAAUUGGAGUAAAAUGGGUUUACAAAACCAAAUACAAUGAACAUGAGAAAACUGACAAGUACAUGGCUCAUUUGAUUGCUAAAGGGUAUUCUCAAAAGCAUGGGGUGUAUUACACAGAAGUUUAUGCACAGUGGCAAGGAUGGAUAUAGUGAGAAUUAUUAUUGCUCUAGCAGCAUAUAAGAAUUGGCAUUUUUUUAGCUGGAUGUCAAGUCGACUUUCCUCCAUGGUGAGCUGAGUGAAGAUGUUUAUGUGGUACAACGAAGAGGAUAUGACAAAGAGGGUAGUGAGCAUCUUGUUUACAAGUUACACAAAACUUUGUAUGGAUUAAAACAAGCACCACAAGCUUGGUUUAGUCAAAUCAAAGCACAUUUGAUCGGUGAAGGAUUUCAGAGGUGUGAUAGUGAGCAUACAUUAUUCACAAAAAGAAGCAAAGAAGGAAAAAUUAUAGUUGUAAAUGUUUAUGUUGAUGAUUUAAUUUUUACUAUAAAUUGUGAAGUUAUGAUGUCUCAGUUUAAAAGAUCUAUGUUAAGAGAGUUUGAUAUGCCGGACUUGGGUGAGAUGAAGUUUUUUCUUGAGAUUGAGGUGCUACAAAUCUAUAAUGGUGUGUGUGUGUGUGUGUGUUAAAGGAAAUACAUUAGAAGUUUUGCAUAUGUUUGACAUGAUGGAAAGCAACUCAGUGACCAGUCCAAUAGUUCCAGGAUUUAAAGUAAGUAAAGAUGGAGAUGGAAAAACUAUUGAUGAAACAUACUACAAGUAGUUGGUGGGAAGCUUAAUGUACCUCACAGCCACGAGACUUGAUAGCAUGUUUAGCCAUGAGACUUGAUAGCAUGUUUGUUACUUGUAUCAUAAGUAGAUAUAUGACCAAACCAAUUCAAAUUCACCUACAAUAGGCUAAGAUAUCACUUCGAUAUUUAAAAAGGACUUUGAGCUAUGGACUUCAUUAUAAGAAAGGAGGAGACAAUGAGAUAUUAGCGUUUACAAUAUGGUUAUAUGUUUUUAAUCAGCUCAGGGGUUGUUUCAUGGUAUUCGAAAAAGCAGCCUAUAAUGACUUUGUCAGUAACAGAAGUCGGGUUUGUGGCUGCUGCAACAUGUGUUUGUAAAGGAAUCUGGAUGAAGAGAAUUUUAGAGAUGCUGAGACAUUCUCACGGAGAUGGUAUAACUGUAAUGUGUGACAAUAUUUCAACCAUUAAGCUGUCUAAAAAUCCUAUUAUGCAUGGUCGCACAAGCAUAUUGAUGUGAGAUUUCAUUUCUUAAGGAAUCUUACUAAAGAGGGCACAAUUUAACUAGUUCAUUAUGGGAGUAUAUAUCAAGUUGCUGACAUAAUGACUAAACCAUUUACGCUUGAAGUUUUUCAGAAGCUUAGAAAGAUGUUGGGAGUAUGUGAAAUUCCUGACAUAAACUAGUUGUUGUACAACAUUUAGUUUAAGAGAGAGAAUGAAAGAGUUAUUGCAUAAUUUUUAGUUAGAAUAAAGUCCUACUUUAUAGUAGGACUUAGGGUCUUAGUUGUAUUCUGCUUUCCUUAAUUUGUGCAACCACUUAGCAUUAUCAGGCUUUAUUUUAGCAU